UUAAUUUUGCGCAACAUGAAUUCCGUGACGAUGUUUCAACACGUGUGGAAAGCGAAAUAAAUGAGGACUUGUGUGAUGAUGACAUUACCGUCGACAUUGAUUCAGUCAGCUUUGAAUGAGAGUAUUCUUUGGAUUUCAAGUUGAUUGGAAAGUCUCAAUAACGCAGGUCGCAGUUGAAGUAGUUUAUGUGAUUAUAAUGACGUCUAAGAAAACUCCUCGGAAAAGCAAGCGGGACAGUUGGACAUCCAUGACUGCGGAGCAUGUCUUUGCAGAAUAUGAAAAGGGGAAUACUGUGCCGUACAAAAAUGUGUUGGACAAGCUUCCUGACCCAAAUACAGGUGUUGAUGAGCUAACUCACUUAUUGUGCCAGCUACAAGGAUGUGUGUCCAAACUAGCAAGUGAACAUGAGGCUUUGGUGAGGGCAAUACUGCGUGUUGAUUGGGUGCAGCGUGAUGCUGGUGUCAAAGGUCAUUACCAAGCCUUGUUGAUCAACCUGGUGUCCGCUCAGCCCAUCUACCUGACUAGGGUUCUGACCACCCUCGUACGUCACUUCAGUCCCCAGAAUCCUGUGCCGCCGUCGGUCCAAGGUGCGGAGGUAGACCCUGAUCAUCAUAAGGUUCAGGAAGAGAAGUUCAGGAUGGUACACUCCACCCUCCAAGAAAUCCAGAGGGUUGUCCCUUUACUUCCAAAGUAUCUUCUUUCUGUGUUGGGUGACAAUAUGCCGCAUGCUAGGCAAACUUGCUACAUUCAAGAGUGGUAUAUUAGAAACCUUCUUGAAAUCAGUCGGUACCUACCAGAGCUGUGUCAGGGUAUCAUGGAGAUCAUCAUACACAGAUUGCUGGAACUAGAUGUGAGUCUGCCAAAAGAUGAGGUCUGGGAAACUGAAGAAAUGGAAGGAACGGAUACCCCUCAGUUUGCUAUGGAUGGACUAGAUGAUGAAAAAGUAGAAUCAAGCAAGGAUGACGAGGAGGAGAAACAGAUAUUGUCUGAGAAAGCAAUCAAAAUUGAUACUUUGAUGGGUGUCCUCAUGGUCUAUCUGAAGGAAUCAUGCUUCAAGAAUGGUGAAUUUCUGUUUGAAGAUACCAAAGUGUUACAUCGCUACCUGCUUCAGGUCUUUGAGAGGGUGAUCCUGCCCACCCAUGCAUCCAGUCAUGUGCAGUUUCUUUUCUUCUACUUCUGCAGUUUCAGGCAGGGUUUGGUAGACAGCUUCAUUGAUGCUUUGUGGAGAAAGUUCAUUAACCCCAACACCCCAGCGGUGGUGAGGCAGACUACAGCAUCAUACAUGGCUUCCUUCGUCGCAAGGGCUAACUACCUUCCCCAAAGCACUGUGACUGCCUGUCUUGACCUCAUGGUUAGCUGGAUACACUGUUACAUCGACAACCAAGAGGGCGCUUCACGAUUCAGCCAAGAAAUCAAGGUUCACGGUCCGUUCUACUCGCUCUGCCAGGCUGUUCUAUAUAUCUUUGUUUACCGUCACAAGCAACUGUUGGAGAAUAACAAAGGUCUGCACUAUGUCAUGAGCCUCAACUUAGAACGGGUUGUCACCUGUCGUCUCAACCCUCUCAAGGUUUGCCUGCCCUCUGUUGUCAACAUUUUUGCAACUCUUGCACGUAAAUUCCAAGUUGCCUUUUGCUACACCGUAAUGGAGCAUAAUGCCCGCUCUAAGCUGCCUAUCUUCAAGCUAAACACGUUUGGUUCCGGGGCCAUGGCUGCACCUGGAAACCCUCUCGAUUCCUUCUUUCCUUUUGAUCCAUACGUUCUCCCAGAAUCUGGUGUUGAAAUUGAAAAACUGUACAGGCAUUGGGAAGGAUGCAAACCUGACUUUUCAGGCAUUGAUCAAACUGCAGAUGAUUCUGAAGAUGAGGAUGAGUUCAUGCAGUAUGAAUCGAUUAACAAAGAUAUACCCCUUGGUCUUACUCCUACCAGCAUAGCCUGCAUCUCACCAGGGUUUAGAACACCCUCAUCAUUAGGAAGAUGAAUCCUAGGGUUAGGAAGAUGAAGCCAAAGAUUUACUCCUACCAGUAGAGCGUGCAUCUCAACAGUGUUUAGAACGCCCUCUUCCUGCGGAAGAUGAUUUCAGCAGACUAGAAAGACAUACCUCUUGGUCUCACUCCUACCGGUAGAGUGUAACCAGGGUUUAGAAUGCCCUCUUCAUAUACCCUUUGGUUGCACUCCUACUGGUAUCGCCUGCAUCUCAAUCAAGGUUCGCAAUGCCCUCUUUUAUAUACCCUUUGGUUGCACUCCUACUGGUAUCGCCUGCAUCUCAAUCAAGGUUCGGAAUGCCCAAGAACCAGCAUUAAGAUAAAUGGAUGUUUAAAAAUUUGAACACAAAAAAAUUGGUUUAAAUAUCUGUUCUGAACCUACAAGAUUUUUAUUCUAUAUUAUGUAAUUUUCAGGGAAUUCAGGGAUUUUUUAAUACUUUUUUCUAGUUAGGGAAAAAUUAGGGAAAUUGAUAGAAAAUACCUCGAAUCAGGGGAAAAUGCCUCAAAUGAAGGUAAAGUCAGGGAAUUUUGUCCAUCCUCAAAGUUGAAAGCAGGGUAGUUAAUCAGACUUUGUUAUACUUUGUUGCAUAUCAAAACAACAUCAAUUUAACGAAUGGUUAUGGUGGUACUAAUUAGUUUUACAUUAUUCUUUUUAUACUGAAAAUCACUGUUACAGCUAAGAAAACAUGCAAAACUGGGAAUGGGUUUAAAUAAUUAUCAAGGAAUUUUUAAACUUCAUCAGGGAAUUUAGUUUUCUUGAAAAGCUGGGGACCCUGUUUUUGAACCAUAUUUUAUUAAAGGGGAGUAGGAAGGAAUAGUUUGCAUGCAGAUCAUUAAGGGCCCGUAUUUUCAAAAGAGGUUUCAAUUGUACCAUAGUACAAACCCAGGGAUUGAGGUACAUAAUUACAGAUACAUCGCGUAGACUAAGAAAUGUCCAGUUAUAAAAGCCAGCUUUUGGCAAAGGGCACAGUAUUAAAGCAUGAUAAUACAUGAGAUCUGCAUAAACUGUGGUUUUGUUCCAGAUGGUUAGGAUAUAAUCAGAUCAUCCUCCUGUAGCAACAAUACAUAUGACCCUGUUCACAAUUCAAUAAUCA